AUGGAAGAAAAGAACGUAUUUUAUGAAAAGCUAGAUGAAUAUUAUAAAUUGAAAUCUAAAAAAAAACCGUUCCCUAAAUAUGUUCAAUUACAGAUGAUUGCUGAAAUAGAAAUGGCUAAAAUCAAAACUGGUAAAAAAGAUCGACGACAAUACUAUCUACUAUCUACGUAUGAUGUAUUAAGUGUUGCAGAAGAAAAGUUUUUAAUACACAAACAAAAUGCAGCUGAUGAAAAAAUAAGGUAUUUGGUGUGUUAUGAAGACCUUUUUGAUAAAAUUAAAGAAUUUCAUAUUAGGACAGGCCAUGGUGGUAAUGUAAAAUUACGGAAUGCGUUACAUGAUACGUAUUAUGUACCAAGACCACCAAUUGAUAUUUUUUUAACAGUAUGUGAAACGUGCAAUUGUAAAAAACCAAUGAAUAGGAAACUUGUAAUAAAACCUAUCACAACUGCAGAUUUUAAUGAAAGAGCACAAAUUGACUUGGUGGAUUUUCAGUCGGUACCAGAUGGCAAAUUUAAAUGGAUACUAAAUUACCAAGACCAUGCGACAAAAUUUGUAAUUCUAAGACCAUUAGAAAGUAAAAGAGCAACCGAAGUUGCUAAUGAGUUACUAUCUAUAUUGUUGACAUUUGGAGCUCCAAAAAUAUUACAGAGUGACAAUGGCCGUGAAUUUGUAAAUUCAGUAAUCAACGAACUUAAAGACCUUUGGCCAGAAUGUGUUAUCGUACAUGGUCGCCCUAGACAUCCUCAAAGUCAGGGAAGUAUUGAGAGGUCUAAUCAGGAUAUAGAACACAUGUUACGAACAUGGAUGGCUGAUAAUAAAUCCAAGAAGUGGAGCGUUGGAUUAAAUUUUGUUCAAUUCCAAAAAAAUAGUUCAUUUCAUCGAACAAUUGGACGUAGCCCUUAUAAGGCUUUAUUUGGAAAUGACCCAAAAAUUGGACUAAGUACAUCAAAUUUGCCAUCUGAUCUAUUGAAAAAAUUAACAACAGAAGAAGAUCUCGAACAUAUAUCUCAGAUAAAGGAAAUUAAAAAACGCUCAAUUGCCUGCAGCAUUUGUAAAGUUGAUGUGGAUUUGCCACUAUCGGAGAUUGCUGAAAAUAAUGAAAUUAUUUGCCAAUUAUGCGAUCAAGCAAAAAAUACAAAUUCAAC